AUGGGUCAUAUUAGAAGUAAUUAUUUUUAAUUGAAAACUUAUAAUUCUAAUUAAAAAAAGGAUUAAUUAGUAAACAAUGUAAAAGUAGGCGACGAUAUAAUAAUAUAGGGUGUUUUAAUAAAAAGAUGGAAGAAAUAUAAAAACGAUAUUCGCCCUGAAAUAAACUUAUCAAUAAUAGCCAACUCAAUAAAUACAAAGACAAAAUAAAAGCCUUUAAAAGCCUAAAUUAAUUUAUAAAUCUAAUCUUAAUUAACGAUUUAAAAUUAAAUAAAUUUAAAAAAUACAUUAAUAAAAUCUAUUUUUCCUUAAAUAUUCGAAAAAUAUGAUAUAAAACUAGCCAUAUUGCUAUGUCUGAUUGGUGGAGUUUCCCGAACUGAAAAAAAUACAUACAUUCGUGGGCAAUGUCACUUACUUUUAAUUGGAGAACCAGGUACUGGCAAGUCUCAAAUUUUAAAAGAAGCCUCCAAAUUGGCACAAAGAGCAGUUUAUACAACUGGAAUAGCAUCCACUUAAGCAGGACUAACAGUUGGAUUUUGUAAAGAUUAAACUACAGGAGAAUGGGGAAUGGAAGCUGGUGCUCUUGUUCUGGCAGAUAAAGGCAUAUGUUGUAUCGAUGAAUUUAAUUUAGUCAAAAAAGGAGAACUAGAUUCUGUACUGGAAGCUAUGGAAUAAUAAACAAUAAGCUGUUGUAAGGCAGGGAUAAACCAAAAAUUAAAUUCUCGAACAACUAUUUUGGCAGCUUGUAAUCCUAUUUUGAAAGGAUAAAAAUAUGACACAAAUGUCGAUAUAAUGGAAAAUACUGGGCUCUAAAGUCCACUUUUGAGCAGGUUUGAUUUAAUUUUUAUUGUAAAGGAUUUGGUUAAUUAUGAUGCUGAUUCAUAAAAUUGUGAUUUUAUUUUGAGAAGAUUUUUAUUAGAUUUUAAUGGAUGGUCAUUUGAUAAAAUAAAAAAUUAUAUUUAAAUUGUUUAAGAUUAAUUCUUUCCAGAAAUCUCAUUUUAAGCUUAAAAUGUUAUAUAAGCUUAUUAUUAGCAUUUAAGAAAAAUAGAGCUUCUUCAUUCCAAAACUACUAUAAGAACUCUUGAAUCUUUAAUUAGAUUAUGCUAGGCUCAUGCAAGAAUGCUUUCAAGAGAUGUAGUGAAUCUUCUUGAUGCUGUUAGUGUUGUAGUUUUGUAAGAAUGCAGUUAUUUUACAGGAUUAUUUCAUGAUUUGGAUAUAUUGGAUUAUGUUUUGUUGGAUGAAGAAAAAUAUGAAGAACUUGAGUGUUUAAUUAUAAAUAAUCUAAAUUUAUAAUUCUGA